CAUAAACAUUUCGUGUCGUUGAUAAUCAGCUCCUCCUCUAAAUGGUCGCCUGUAAGACACGUCAUUAGCGUGCGACGCUUACCUUGACAUUCACGGUGCCGUAUCCAUGCGGGAUGUUUUGAAGUUUAUUAUUGUUAUUUACAUUACUGUGGAUACAGAAAGUGAAGAUGUCCGUAAAACAAGCCUCGGUCCAUGCUAAAUGGAUUAUCGGGCGAGUCAUUGGAACCAAGAUGAGGAAGACUGCGAAAGUCCGUGUUACUAGACUGGUCCUAGAUCCAUAUUUACUCAAGUUUUACAACAAAAGGAAGACCUACUUCGCCCAUGACGCCUUGGAGCAGUGUACAGUUGGGGACAUUGUAUUGUUGAAGGCUUUACCAGAAAGGCGAACCAAACAUGUCAGGCAUGAACUGGCGGAGGUUGUGUUUAAAGUCGGGGCCGUGGUUGAUCCCCUGACUGGCAAGAAAGUUGCAGGUCCGACGUACCUGGAGCCUCUCACCGACUCCAUGGAAAAGCCAGAGGUGUCUUUAACAGAAAAAUUAGAACAGCUGAACAUUUCUGCAGCUCCUCCACCACCGAGUCCUGCCUCUUAAUGUUGUUUAUAUAUUAAUGUAUCGCUAUAAAUGUGUGUGUGUUUUUUGAUUUGUUAUGCAGAUUAAAAAAAAAUUAGGUGAUUAUGUAUGUCUGGUAAU